AUGGCGUCGGCCAUCUUCUUCCUCGAUCUCAAGGGCAAGACCCUUCUAGCCCGAAACUACCGCGGAGACAUCCCCAUGUCCGCCGUCGAAAAAUUCCCCAUCCUACUCAGUGACGCCGAAGAAGAGAGCUCCGCCGUGGCUCCGUGCUUUUCCCACGAAGGAAUUAACUACCUCUACAUCCGUCACAGCAACCUUUACAUUCUUGCCCUGACUAAGAAGAACACCAAUGCCACCGAGAUCCUCCUUUUCCUGCAUAAGAUCGUGGAGGUGUUCACGGAAUACUUCAAGGUACUGGAGGAGGAGAGUAUCCGCGAUAACUUUGUCAUCAUCUAUGAAUUGCUCGAUGAGAUGAUGGACUUUGGAUACCCGCAGACGACGGAGAGCAAGAUAUUGCAAGAAUACAUUACCCAAGAAUCACACAAGCUGGAGAUCCAAGCCCGACCACCCAUUGCUGUCACCAAUGCCGUGUCAUGGCGAAGUGAGGGUAUCCGGUACCGCAAGAACGAAGUCUUCCUUGAUGUUGUGGAGUCCCUUAACCUCCUCGUGUCCGCGUCUGGUAACGUGUUGCGAUCGGAGAUUCUCGGAGCUAUCAAGAUGAAGUGUUAUCUGAGUGGUAUGCCGGAGCUUCGUCUGGGCUUGAACGACAAGGUCAUGUUCGAAACCACGGGUCGCGCAACAAGAGGAAAGGCCGUCGAGAUGGAGGACGUCAAGUUCCAUCAGUGUGUCCGACUUUCUCGGUUCGAGAAUGACCGCACCAUCAGCUUCAUUCCCCCGGAUGGCGAGUUCGAGCUGAUGAGCUACCGGUUGAACACCCAAGUCAAGCCUCUGAUUUGGGUGGAAUGUCUGGUGGAGUCGCACUCUGGUUCGCGCAUGGAGUAUAUGUUGAAGGCCAAGGCCCAAUUCAAGCGCCGCAGCACUGCCAACAACGUAGAAAUCCUCGUCCCAGUCCCAGAAGAUGCCGACUCACCCCGUUUCCGCACCAACAUCGGAACCGUGCACUACGCGCCUGAGAAAUCCGCCAUCAUCUGGAAGAUCAAGCAGUUCGGCGGAGGCAAGGAGUUCCUCAUGCGCGCAGAGCUGGGUCUGCCGUCCCGGCCGAUCAACGUCAAAUUCGAAAUCCCUUACUUCACUACUAGCGGUAUCCAAGUCCGGUACUUGAAGAUCACGGAACCUAAGCUACAAUACCCCUCCCUCCCAUGGGUGCGAUAUAUAACACAAUCAGGCGACAUUGCUGUCCGCAUGCCAGAUGUACAAUGA